AGCGCUUCUUCGCUGUCCCCACUCUUCCUCGGAGAGCAGCCGGGGUGCAAGGACCGACCGACUAACUGACUCCCUGCGGGGCCGCACUGCCUAGGGGGCGCGGACACCAGGUGUCCAGGGCCAGCCCAGCCCUCUCUACCCCCUCGUGCCCCGCCCCGUCCCGUCGGGGCCCGAUGGCUCCUUCGGAGGCACGCAGUCCGGGGGGCGCAGGGUAGAGCUCCGCAGCCCCGCCACGUAGCCCGGGGACUCCUCGGGUCCUUCCGGAGCCCCGCGGAGUCCCCGCCGUCUGUCCGGCGGCAUAAGGGAGCGAGUGGGAGAGCCCUCCCCACCCCCCGCCGCCCCCUCCCCCGAGCGUCGAGACAAGAUGCUUCCCGGGCUCCGGCGCCUGCUGCAAGGUCCUGCCUCAGCCUGCCUCCUGCUGACCCUCGUGGCCCUCCCUCCUGUGACUCCCAGCUGCCCUAUGCUCUGCACCUGCUACUCAUCCCCACCCACGGUGAGCUGCCAGGCCAACAACUUCUCUUCAGUGCCGCUGUCCCUGCCACCCAGCACCCAGCGACUCUUCCUGCAGAACAACCUCAUCCGCUCCCUGCGGCCAGGCACCUUCGGCCCCAACCUGCUCACCCUGUGGCUCUUCUCCAACAACCUCUCCACCAUCUACCCCGGCACCUUCCGCCAUCUGCAGGCCCUAGAGGAACUGGACCUUGGUGACAAUCGGCACCUUCGCUCCCUGGAGCCCGAUACCUUCCAGGGCCUGGAGCGUCUGCAGUCGCUACAUCUCUACCGCUGCCAGCUCAGCAGCCUGCCUGGCAACAUUUUCCGAGGCCUGGUCAGCCUACAGUACCUCUACCUCCAGGAGAACAGCCUGCUCCACCUACAGGAUGACUUGUUCGCGGACCUGGCCAACCUGAGCCACCUCUUCCUCCACGGGAACCGCCUGCGGCUGCUCACGGAGCACGUGUUCCGCGGCCUGGGCAGCCUGGACCGGCUGCUGCUGCACGGGAACCGGCUGCAGGGCGUGCACCGCGCGGCCUUCCGCGGCCUCAGCCGCCUCACCAUCCUCUACUUGUUCAACAACAGCCUGGCCUCGCUGCCGGGCGAGGCGCUGGCCGAUCUGCCGGCUCUCGAGUUCCUGCGGCUCAACGCCAACCCCUGGGCGUGCGACUGCCGCGCUCGGCCGCUCUGGGCCUGGUUCCAGCACGCGCGGGUGUCCAGCUCCGACGUGACCUGCGCCACCCCGCCCGAGCGCCAGGGCCGGGACCUGCGCGCGCUGCGCGAGGCCGAUUUCCAAUCGUGCCCGCCGCCCACGCCCACGCGGCCGGGCAGCCGCGCGCGUGGCAACAGCUCCUCCAACCACCUGUACGGCGUGGCCGAGGCGGGCGCGCCCCCCGCGGACCCGUCCACGCUCUACCGAGACCUGCCCGCCGAGGACUCGAGGGGGCGUCAGGGCGGGGACGCGCCCACCGAGGACGACUACUGGGGUGGCUACGGCGGCGAGGACCAGCGGGGCGAGCAGACGUGCCCCGGGGCCGCGUGCCAGGCGCCCGCAGACUCGCGUGGCCCCGCGCUCUCGGCCGGGCUGUGCACCCCUCUGCUCUGCCUCUUGCUCCUGGCGCCCCAUCACCUCUGACUGCGGUGCUCAGACGGAAGAGGCCACGGCCUUCGCCCCGCUCCCCUUCUCCGCCCCUCACCGAGCUGCGGCUCCAUCCUCGCCCCUUGUUUGCGGCCCGGCCUGGCGCCUUCCCUAGGCCCCCCUCGCUCCUUUUCUUCCCCGGGACCACGCUGCCUCAUUUGCCUUCUGGGCUGUUCUGACUUACGUAUGGCAGCCCCUCAGGCGGUGUCUAAGGUGGCUCGGCCCCAUUCGCCCUGAUUCUAGCCACUAACUCUUGUUCCCCAAUCCCAAGGCUGGGGCGGGGCACCCCAGGCAGCCGAUGCUCCUCUCUCCAGGGCCCCACAGUGGACUGGAGGGGCUUUUGUCUGUAGAGCACCUUCCACCAGCAGAGCCUUUGAAAGCUCCCCCGGGAGCCUCCCUUCCUCCCCGGAACCUUGGGAGGGAUGCCUCAGCAAGGCCCAGGCUGCCCCUGGACCCUGCUUGUCCUCAUCCCUUUAGCCUCCUGACACCUGGAGGAAUACUUUUCUCCUAAGUCUACCCAGAACACUUUUUAGGGUGCCUGGAGAGUAGUUUCCUCUCCACCAUGGCCCCUGUGUGGUGAAGAUCAAAAGAAGUUGUUUGGGGGAAAGUUUAUUAAAAAAUUCUAUUAUUUUA